AUGGAGGAUCCCGCUGGUGGCCAUGCUGGGAAGCAUCCGCAACAUCCCCAGCCUGUGCUCGUCGCCUCUGCAUCGCUAAGGGCCAGGUCUCGCGUCUCCAGCCCCGAACGACGCUCUCCCACGCCGGGAACAGUCACGCCAGACUACCUGCAGGAUGCGCACGAAUUGCCGGAGAUCCACGAGAUUCCAACGCACGUACAACGCAGCUCGUCACCGUCGACAAUCUCUUCGGGGUCAAUUCGAAUUGUAACACGCCGGUCGACGCGAAGUAGCCAGGUCACCAGGAGCAGCCGCGAGCCCACUGGUCGGUUUCGGCAUUUCAUAAAGUUCUGGAGGCGCAAUGUGGUUCUGUCGGUUUCGCAGAAUCAGAACCGUGAUCAUUAUGGUAAGUAG